CUAAGAUUGUAAAUAUGGCUGCGAAAAAGUCAGGAAAACGUGGAGGUAAACGAAAAGGUUACAAAGCCAGCUCUGUCAAGUUAUCCAAUAAAAGAACAUCUAAACUUGCCAAACAAGGAAAACUAAAACCAAAGAAAAAGAAAAAAGGAUUGGCAGAACUUAACCAGCAGAGCGAGCGGGGGGAUCAUAUUCAAGUAAACGGGAGAGGAAGCCUAGAAACAGAGGAAGAGAGUGAUUUAGGUGAAGAAGAUAUAGAGUUUUAUGGUACACCAGGAAAUGCUUCAGGUUUUAUAAAUGCUGCAAAAUCUAGAACAUUAUCUACAGAGGUUGUAAAAAGUGGCAAGAAAAGAAAGAAGAAAGACACAAAAGAGGGAGAUGAAGAAGAGCAGUAUGAACAGAGACCUCGUAAACUGUUCGCUAACGAUGAGAAUGUCAAGUCACUGUUGCCCAUAAAAACAAAGAAAGGGGUCGUACCACAAGUGACUCUUGUCAAUCCAGAAGUUUGUGAAGAUGAACCUGCGGUUAAAGAGGAAGAAAAUAAUGAUCCAGAAACAAGCCCAGCCGAGAAGGUGGAAAAGUUACCAGCCCUGACAAAUGUAGAACUGUAUGCUAACAGACAGGAAAAACUGAGGGCUCGGAAAUCAAGAAUAGCUGCCCUGGCAAGCUCCCUUAUAGAAAACCCCGAGGAAAACAUUAAAAAGCUGAAGGAGUUGAGAUCAUACAUCAUGGAGAGUGAUCCAGAUGUGUUUUUGACUGUGCGUAAACUUGCCAUGGUAUCAAUGAUGGAGGUUUUUAAAGACAUCAUACCUGGCUAUAGGAUUAGACUGCCUACAGAAGCUGAAAAAACACAGAAGCUAAAGAAAGAAACAAAGCAGAUUCGAGACUUUGAAGAAACUUUUCUAUUGAAUUAUAAAAAAUAUUUAGAGUUUUUGGAAAUGACUUGUAAAGGAAAACUUGUAGAAAACAAGGAUAAAAAAUACUCUAGGGGAGGAGCUGAACUGAAACUCUCCUCAUCAGCCUCCCAGACCCUGUCGGUGCUGGCUGUGAAGUGUUUGUGUGAAUUACUGAAGACACAACCUCACUUUAACUACAGGAACAACAUCAUCACUGUAUUGAUCCCUCUAAUGAACCGGGGAAAUAGAGAGGUCAGCGGUAUUGUUUGUGAGACUGUACAAGAGGCAUUUAGAGGUGACAAAUCAGGGGAAUUAUCAUUAGAGAUAAUAAAAUGCAUCAGUAGAAUGGUCAAGGCUAGGGAGUUCAAGGUCAAAAAGGAGGUGCUGGACACUUUCUUAAGUCUGAAGAUAAAAGAGGUGGAUUACGAGGGUGACUCAGUGAAAAAGGACGGGAAAACCAGGAAAGAAAUGAUGAAGAAACUGUCAAGGAGAGAACGAAAAAAAAAGAAGAAGAUGGAACUACUAGAGCAUGAACUAUUAGAGACAAGGGCAUCAGAAGAUAAAAAUAGGAAAAUUAAAAUGCACACAGAGAUAAUUCAGACUGUCUUUCAUACUUACUUCCGAGUGUUAAAGAGUCUAGAGAAGUCCAGUCUUCUACCUUCUGUACUGGAGGGGCUAGCCAAGUUUGCUCAUCUGAUCAAUGUGGAUUUCUUUGAUGAUUUGUUUAAUGUCUUCAAUACCUUGAUAGACUCAGGGAAUCUGGGCUACAGAGAGUCCCUCCACUAUAUCAAGACGGCCUUCACUAUUCUGAUGGGUCAAGGUGAUGUCCUCAAUAUUGACCCUAUGAGGUUUUACACCCACCUGUACAACACCAUGCUGAAAGUGAACGCAGGUGUGUCUAGUGAUGAUGCUUCGCUAGUUUUGGAGUGUGUAGAGUGCAUGUUGGGAAGAAGGAAAAGACAGAUUUCCCAGCAGAGAGUGCUUGCCUUCAUUAAGAGGAUCUGUACAUUGGGUCUCCAGCAGGAGGGACACAGCUGUCUUGCCAUGUUAGCUGCCCUCAGGGGAUUCGUAGUGAAUUAUCGAUCUAGUGAGCUUCUGUACGAUAAUGAGACACAAGGUAGCGGCGUCUUCCUACCAGAGUUAUCUCACCCGGAGCACAGUAAUGCACACAACACUAUGUUAUGGGAGAUAACUCUAAUGAAGCAUCACUACCACCCUACUGUCAGACAAUUUGCUACACAUCUGUCGAAAAUGGCCCCAACCUCUGGUGAAGGUCAGCUUCCUGUAGAUCUGAUACGUAGGGACCCAAAAGACUUUUUAAAAGAAUACAAUCCAACAGAGAUUUUCUUUGGGAUUAAAAUCCCAGAAAAAUGUUCAACAAAAAAGAAGUUUUCUAAGUCUGGAUCAGAGUUCAUACAACCAGAGGUUGGAGAAAUUGUUACAAAUGUGUUACAAAAAAUGGACAGUAGAUCAGCAAAAUCUGACAGUUCACAAGACAACAAUGUAACAUAAUACAGCAAAAUAAAUAAAUAAAUAA